AGUGUAAACUUGCAUUUUUCUAAAAACAAGUCGGUUGACGGGUGGCUCUAACGAAUUAAACCCACGUGAUUGGCUAAUGUUGGCUGAUGUUCUGACUUUCGUUUGAGAAAUUGCAGCUGAUACCGGCGAAUAAGAAAGCGAAGCAGGAAGAGAGCAAACGCUAGGGUUUCAUACUCCGAUGGCUUCUCGCUCUCAUCUAGACGAUGACGACGACUUCGGUGGCGACUAUGCGGUUAGUCACAGUGGAAGAAUUAGCUCAGGCGAGAAGAGAGCGUUUGGAGAUCUAGACGAGGAAGAAGAUGACGUUUUUGGAACAAAGAAGGGGAAGUCAAACAUUGAAGAAAGUGGACCAGGUGCGGCAACAGGGAUGAUCUUGUCACUUCGUGAAAGUUUACAGAACUGUAAGAAUGACCUUGCAACUUGCCAGGCAGAGUUAGAAGCGGCACGGGUUGAGAUUCAAAAGUGGCAUUCUGCAUUUCAAAACAGUCCAGCUCUGCCUUUUGGUUCAUCUCCAGAACCUACUUUAGUUGUUACAUAUCUUCAGAACUUGAAAUCCUCAGAAGAUUCCUUAAAAGAGCAGCUUGAGAAGGCUAAGAAGAGGGAAGCUGCUUUCAUAGUAACUGUUGCAAAAAGAGAUCAAGAGAUUGCUGACUUGAAGUCAGCAGUUCGUGAUCUCAAGAGACAGCUGCAACCUCCAUCCAUGCAGACAAGAAGAUUGUUGCUUGAUCCGGCUAUACACGAGGAAUUUAUGCGCUUAAAGAAUUUGGUUGAAGAGAAAGAAAAAAAAGUAAAAGAGUUGCAAGAUAAUCUUGCUGCUGUUAAUUUUACUGCAAAUAGUCGGUUGGGUAAGAUGUUAAUGGCUAAAUGCAGAACUCUGCAGGAAGAAAAUGAGGAGAUUGGUGCAGUAGCUUCUGAGGGAAAGAUUCAUGAAAUGGGGAUGAAAAUUGCUGUGCUGAAAACCCAAAAUGCAGAGCUAAAAAAUCAAUUUGAGGCACUAUAUAAGCACACAGAAGUACUUGCAACUGAUCUUGACACGUCAAAUGAAGUGGUGGGGUUAUUACAAGAGAAGCUGGAAGAGAAGAAUAUACUGUUGAAGAAACUCAUUGCCCAAAAUGAACCAAAAGAUGACACAAACGACCCUCCUGCUAGCGAAGAGAAAUCCGACCAUGAAACGGAAAUAGUGGUCGAGACUUGAAAUUGCUAAAACUUUUAUUGUUUUCAGUGUGUUUUUUCUAUCACUAUAAAUUGCUUAUUUAUUUGGAUUAAAUAUUUCACCACUUUGCCAGUUUCCCAGUCA